GUUAAAAUACAUUUGUAUGUGACCAAAACCUCAAAGUAUAUUACAAGUUUCUUCUCGUCAUUCUUUAUUUAGAUAGCUAUAUCAUAAAGUUCGCUCCAGGAUUAUCGACUACUCAAGUUCCAAACUCUAUCUCUAACAUAAGGGAUACAGUGUUUGCAGUAAGAUGCAAAAAGACCAUACUUUUACUAAGUGAAGUAAACCUCCAUACCCCAAUGUAGUGUGGCAAUCAACGAGUUUCCAAAUCACAAUUCUCAUUAGUUUUCAAACUUUUCACCAGGCCAGAAACAUCUCUUCUUUCAUUGAAUCCAUAGAAUCAAGCUCAAGAUGUUUAAAAAUCUCUCCGGUGCUUUACGUUUAUCUCGUAAUUCUAUCGCAAAGGCUCGUCCAAGUUUCGUCAGAACUUAUGCUGAUUUUGACCGUUCUAAACCUCAUGUUUAUAUUGGUACUAUUGGUCAUGAUGAUCAAGGCAAAAGCACUUUAACUGCCGCUAUCACCAAAGUUUUAGCAGAAAAAGGUGGUGCCGACUCCUUGGAUUAUGGCUCUAUCGAUAAAGCUCCAAAAGAAAGAACCAGGGGUAAAGCCAUUUGUUCUGCUCCCGUUGAAUACGAAACUGAAAAAAGGCACUAUUCCCAUGUUAAUAUAAGCCACUAGCGUUCCACAGUUUACCUACACCCACUCUUACCAUUGUGGCCAACCCCACCAUUCUCUCUCGGAUUUGAAAUGUGUGUAAAUGCCUUGCUGUGAAAGGUCACUUCAUUAGCUUUUGAUUGUGAAACCAUUAGAAGAAGCCAAUGUCUAUUGCACUAUCAGGUUGGUUUGUAGGAAAAGUGCACGCAGAGAGUCUAUUUGACUUAGAUCGUAAAUAACUCAAAUACUUUGUAACCUGUUUUUUCUUUCAUUAUGGUCCUCACAAAACUUAUAGACUACCUUGCAAACGAACAGGCGUUCUACUCUUCAAAAACCGAAAUGAUGUUGAAUACAAUUGACACCUCGAAUCUACGGCAAUGUACGCAUAUCUGCGAUAGUGUAUCGCUUCUUCAGGAUAUUUCCGAAAAGU